UUACUCUAGGACAUGGGGUUGGCAACAUAGAAAGAUAAACGUAAACAGUCUCCAUUUUAAAUUGUUAACUUCAAGUAAAAUGGGUCGUCCGAACAAAUUCAUAAUCUUUUAAUGAAAGAUUAUAGUACUAUUUAUAAUUUUUCAUUCAUAGGCAGGCAAAAGUACAUUCACAAUGGUUAGAGCCAUAAUCAAAAGGACAAAGAGAAGUGUAGUUUCGGUAAAAUGUGCAGAUAAUGACAAUCACAAACUAACUGAAUAUUUUACUAUAAGAAAAUCCGACAGAAGAACUAAAGGAGAAGUUCAAGAGGAAAAAAGGAGGUUAUUAGAAUUCGCUCUGAGAAAGGGAGUUGAGGAUGGCUUGGAGGUUAGGUAUAUCAAAAAUAAAGGUAGAGGAGUAUUCACAACUCGAAACUUCAAUAAAGGCGAAUUUGUUGUGGAAUAUAGUGGAGAUCUCAUAGAUCUGCAGGAAGCCUAUCAUCGAGAACAUGAAUAUGAACAGGAUGAAAAUAUGGGGUGCUACAUGUAUUAUUUCAAAUAUAACGAGCAGCAUUAUUGUGUGGAUGCAACGGCUGAAUCUGGCAAAUUGGGAAGGCUGAUUAAUCAUUCCAGGAACGGCAACCUCAUCACAAAAGUUCUAAUGGUUGAUAAAAUACCAAGACUGUCACUCUUGGCUAAAACCUUCAUCAAAGCUGGAGAAGAACUGCUUUACGAUUAUGGAGAUAGAUCGAAAGAAUCUUUGGAAAAUCAUCCUUGGUUGGCUUUUUAACAACAAACUGAAUCAAUUGGUUAUAUAUAGCUUUGGUUUUGUUAGAUAUUUAUGUACUACCAUUCCACAAAAAUGUAACUUCAACUAUUUUGUUCCCAUUUUUUGUGUAUAUGUAUUACUGUAUACUGAGUAUUUUUUUUGGGUCAUCAAUAAUAAAGUAGUUGAGGCUGUUUCUGAAAGUUCAGAGAUGCUGCAAAAAAUAAUUUGACUUAUGGAUAGGAUCAUACAAUGAUUGAAGGACAUCACUAAAAUAAAAGCAUCUCAAGAACGGAAGAUUGUAGCCUCAGGCUGUAGUAACAUUUGUAUUGUGAUAUUUUAGAUGGAAAUUGACCCAUUUUUCUUGAACAUAUUCAUUGUAUUUAUUUUAUUUAUUUCAUCAAAUCAAAUGAGUACAAAGUCAGGUAGCUUAUUUUUCCUACUGGUGUGAAAUAAGUUUUGAUUAUUGAUACUUACAUAUAAUGUAUGCUUAGGGGUGUAUAAUAAGAGGGUAUAUUUGUGUUCUUUGAAAAUGUUGAGUAAUAUUAUUUAGAUUUUCCAUUGGAAUCAUUAAUUGGAGUGAGAAUGUAAAUUUGCAUUUAGAAAAACUCUUACCACAACUUCAAGGAGAGAUAUUUGGAAGUUAUUGAAAUGCUAAGAAACUGUAAAUGAUUCAGCUCUGAAAUAUUUAGUGUUUCAUAAGUUUUUAGUGUCGUCGAUACCAUUUUCAGACAAUGUAAGUUCUUGUGGCAAGAACACAAUAUAAUUGAAUGUGCUCAUGAGUUGUCCAAUAAAUAUAAGGAGGCCCAGAAUAGAUCCAUGGUCGGUUAGAUUAGGAAAAAGUUGCAUACUUCAGAGCUUAUUUAUGACGUUUUAAGAGUUAGGAAAUGUCUAUUAGAUUUGAAAAGAACCGAAAUUCGUCAAUUUGGUUUUCCUUUUUUCGGACGUUAUUUGAGAAGAUAUUAAAAAAAUGUUAGUGUUGCUACUUUCCAUUUGUUAUUGAUAAACUCAAUUCAGGGAAGUAUGCGAGAAAGUCUAAGAUUGUCUCCUCUGUUUUCAGAGUAAUCUUUCUGAUGAUAAACAAUAUUAGCUCGAAUCAUUGAUGUGGACGUUGAAGUUUGGUCUAUAUACAACGGUUUGGUUAUGAAAUAAUUCAGUUUUGUUGAGACAUUCUGAACAUGUAGUAGGACUCAUUUGCAUUCAAGCAACUUUAGAAGGACUUCAUGCCUUAUCUUUGAUUGUGUUUGGAAUCACACUUAAAAAAAGGUACACAACUUCCUUAGAUUGCUCAGAUCAAAUCAGAUGUAUUAGAUCUACAACUAAACAAUUUUUUUUCUAACGUUUCAUAGAUAUUUUUCAACGCACAUACAUUCAAUUAUUAUUUUCAAUGAAUUUUCCACUUCUUGGAAUGAAGUUUUAAAAAUUAUAUUGAAGUAAAUAAGUAUUUCAGUAAAAAUGGUUUUCAAUGUCUUCCAAAUUAUUCCAUCAUUUCUAAUUUUUUUUUUCUACACAUAUAAAGAUCCCCAUUACAAUUUUCAUAUUUUUCAGACUUUGGAAUACCCAAAAAAGAUCGAUAAAAACUGGUAUUCCUCUACAAAAAAUGAGGCUCCUUCAAUAUCAUAAGCUUUCGUUUUUCUAAAUAUACAAUGCUUCUUAUUUAUACUUAUCUAUUCAUUUCUGGAGUUUUUUCCGUUGAAUGUGACUUGAUUUUUAUUCAUUAUUUUCUAAAUUUACACAGUGGCAGCUGCUAAUUGUGAAGAUGGGGAGGCCCCCUUUUGAACAUGAAGAAAUGUUUCACAACCAUUUUGGUUAACUUGGACAUUUGUAAAGAUUUAUGAGUUGUCACUAUCAAUUACAGUAGAUAACAUAUAAUUCUUUUAUAUUUACAUGAUUUUAGAUAUUCAUCAAUAUAUGAAGCUAUUCGUUUACAUUUUUUUCAAGGUUUUAUCCAUUGAAAUAAAUUUUUUAGUAUU